AUGAUGUCAGAAAAUAGAAGCAAGCCCAACUGGAGUAGUGAUCCACGUAAUACGGCUUGGAGUCAAGAUACGAACAAAUUUGGUUAUCGAAUGUUAAAUAAAAUGGGUUGGUCAGCUGGCAAAGGGUUAGGCAUAAAAGAAGAUGGUGAUAGUGGCCAUAUCAAGAUUAAAAUAAAAAAUAAUAAUUUAGGGGUAGGUGCUAAUGUCAACAAUUGUUCGGAUUGGACAAAACAGCAAGAUGAUUUCAGUGUUCUUCUUUCGAAUCUAAAUAAUGUUCAUGGCCAGACAACUACAGAUAACGAUGAAGCUAACGAAACAGCUAACAACAGCAUUUUUAGGAUGGCUGAGCUCAAUGGAAAGAAAGCCAAGUAUCAUAAAGUUUUAAAAUGCAAAGACGUACAAAAUUAUUCUAAAACUGAUUUAACGUGUAUAUUUGGAAGAAGCCAUAGCAGUCCAGAACUUUCGUCGAUGGCUAAAUGUUCUAAUCCAUCAAAAGAUUCAAAUGAUAAAAAUUUUGGUGUCAAGACAAUAUCAAGUCAAAUGAAUUUAAAAGAGUAUUUUGCUUCGAAAAGCCAAAAUAAAUUAGAUGAGCCUAGAAAGAAAGCGAAACUGAUCCCCUGUAAAGAAGAAUCUGACGAUUCGAUUGAUUCUAGAGCAGUUAGCUUUAAAUUAUAUGAUGACGAGGAUACAAAUGAAUCAAAUCAGUUCACUGAUAAAAGAAACAGCAAGGAUUGCGCGAAUAGAAGUAAAAUAUCCUCAAAAAAGAAAAAACGAAAGGAGAAAAGGAAGAAUAAAAAAAUAAAAAAAUCUUCCAAAUAA